AUGGCUGCUUUCGAUGGCACGUCAUGCCCGCAGGAGCACCUGACGGCGUAUAAGAAUCUUAUGUUGUUGUAUACCACCAACUCAUCGUUAUGGUGUAAGUUCUUUCCAACUACCCUUACAGGAGUAGCUUUAACGUGGUACAUCUCCCUUCCCGGAGGAAGCAUCCACAACUUUGCCCAGCUAGAGGGCAAGUUCUUGGGCCACUUUAUAGCCUCAAGAAGGCAGGAGAAAUCAAACUUCCACCUGCUUAGUGUCACUCAAUUGGAAGGAGAGUCCAUAUCCUCAUAUCUUAAGAAGUUCCAUGAGGCAGUGCUGGAAGUGACUGAUCUGGAGGAGUCGGCCAUGAAACAAUGCCAAAGUUAUGUCACGGCGUCAGAGAUAUGUCAAGCACAUGAUCCGAAAAGGCGAAAAUUUGAGAAAAAAGAUGUCGGGCCCCCCCAUCAAUCCUCACGAAGGAGGGAGGAGCAUUCUUCGAGGAGAGAGAAGAAUUACAUGCCGCGUCAUCCUACGCCGCCGUCUGAUAUGGGACCUCCACGAGCCCGACACGUAUAUGUUACAGAAGGAGAAACUAGGACGCGGAAUCUGGGAGAUGGAGGGAACGACCCCAUGUUCAAUCGAAACAGGAGGGACAUCUUCUUCACUGUUCGAGAUCAGUUGUCAGCUCCACCUCCAUUGGCUAACGAGGGAAAACUGUCCAGGUUCCUCAACAGGAGAGAUUAUGAUGCUGGAAGAGAAGGGGAAAGGAGGCCAUGGCAACAGAAACGCCGAUCCCCCAAGAGGAACGAAGCCAGACGCGAAAGUUCCGACACUCAAGGAACUAUCAACAUGAUUUUUGGGGGAUACACUGAGGAAUAUCCCACUAUCCGCGCGGCAAAAAACAGCGUCCACACUUUGCUGAAAGGACCUCCCAUGGCCGCAUCUAAGGGACCGGUCAUGAAGUUCGAUGCCACGACCUCCCAACCGCUGCAACAACCCCAUACCGAUCCCCUGGUGGUCACUCUUAAAAUCGGGCAAAUGAAAAUCAAGGCAGCAAUCUUUCCCCAUCAACUCUUGCUGCAAUUCGAGACAGAUAAUGGACAAGUUGGCAUUCUCAAGGGAGACCAAGUGACGGCUCGCCAAUGCCUCGUCAACACCCUGAAGCGCGGGUCCUCCGAGACACCUGCAAAAAGAAAAAGGGAAGACAAUGUCCCAGCUGUCAUGAGCGUGUACAAGGAAAAUCUCAGCACACAUAGUGGCCACCAUUGCUGA